AUGCCCCGGCUUGUCCGCCGCCGACCGUUGACGGAGCGCAUCAAGUCCUACUUGAAUCCUCUGGACUUUCUCUUGUGGCUGUCGGAAGAGAUCGAUACUCAUGACUGGGACCAGUUUGAGAAGAACUGGGCGCUUCCCCUGGGAAUAACAUUGAAUGCGGUCUUUCUGAUCGCCAGGGCCAACAGUCAGUCGUACGGCAGUCAAGCCAUAGAUGAUGUUUUUGGCGAUGAUGGAAGCACUCCAUGGCUCAGUUGGUUUUCUUCCUUCAUAGUCCACCUUCUUACCACCUUCACCGCGUUCAACGCCUUCUAUACAUUCUACCGGAAGCGACAUUAUCGCAUGUUUGAAGCAUCAAUCGAUCAGGCUCCUGCAACUCCCUCCGCUCACCGAGUUCGUGUUAAUUCGACUCCUGUGACCGCUUCGCCACUGAAAUAUCUGGCGGAUACGAUAGCCAGAUCGGCCCAGUCGAGAGCUCACCCGGACGCACAGCGAGAUGUAUGGGAACUUGCCGUCUGGGAUCCUCUACCCAUUUGCAUUCGAUUGUUCUGCCUCUUCAGUCCUGGACAUGUCUUGGUAUACUGGGUUUUUCUACCCACUCAGCUAUCCGAUCCUCGACCAAGCGUGACGAUUGUGACCACUAUCUUUAUAGCGGCACUCCUCUCGGUACAGAUGACGUUCCUUUCCUCGUCCUAUACCCAGCAAGCAAAGGAUUCUAUGGUGGUUCAUAAGGAGGUGCUCCGUGAAUACGACACUAAAUACGUUCAUCCUCGUACUCAGCCUUUGAUGAGAGAUGUGGCCACUCAAUUCUCCGAGUCCGAUCCCGAUGUUAAGCAGAAUAAGGUUGACACCUUCACGCCCACUGUCGUGCUUCAUAGGGGCUUCAAGACAAGCCCAAAUCCCAACUAUGUCAGCCAUGUGGACCCCGAGGGCCGAUCAUCUGCGCGCCAAUCCUUUGCAGCGACACCUACUGGAGUAUCUCAUCGUGCUGCCGCGUUGCAGACCCCAAGCCACCUGCGGGAUGCUUCUCCUAUUGUGCGAAACUCUAUCUCUGCAAUUCGCCAGCCCCAAUUCCGCCAGACACCGACGACUACGGGUGAUGGCGGAAGCCUUGGCAUUUACUCGCAUGCCAACUCGCCUCUGAAGAAGUCUACGUCAGCCAAUCUUGAACGUCGUCUUCAGAGCAAUGGCGAUUUCUUCUACAAGGAACGGGGAACAAGUGCAAUGAGAAGGCCUUCUAGUCCCCUCAAGAGAAGUAAUGUCCCCGCAGGCAGUCCCUUAACACCGGGACCGAGACGGAGUCAACUGGACGCACGCCGCGACAGUGGACGGUUUUAACAUGGGUUGUUCGAUUAAGGCGUCAUGCGCCAACCAUAACAGUAGCAUGGAAGGAGUAACUCAUGUAUAGUAUGCUAUAACAUCAUAUCGGCGUUGUGAUCAGGUCAUCAUUAAGACCGGGUACCUCUUGUGAUCGUGGACUACUUUUGGAGCAUCAGGUGCGGCGUUAAUCAUCCACGCUUUCGGAUCCUUGUUUCUCAUUAAAAGCUUUUUCAAUGUCUUUUGACUUCCCGUUCGCCCUUGUGCCACUUGCUUGGAUUAUCUUUCUGAAAACAAUGGAUGCCCGGGCUCUUUUGAGAAUGUAGGCUGGGGUUUACUGAUGGCCGAUAGUGAUCCAGCCGCUGAACAACAUGCUUAAUACGAGGCUGGACGACUUCAAAUUAACGGAUAUCAGUUCC